AUGCACCCUGCGGCCUUCCGGCUUCCCGUCGUUGUGGCCACUGUGCUGUGGGGCGCGGCCCCUCUCCAGGGCCUCAUUCGAGCGACUUCGGACCACAAUGCCAGCAUGGACUUUGCAGACCUCCCAGCUCUCUUUGGGGCUGCCUUGAGCCGGGAGGGACUUAAGGGGUUCCUUGUGGAGGCUCAUCCAGCCAAUGCCUGCAGCCCCAUAGCCCCACCGCCCGCAGCCUGGGUCAACGGGUCAGUUUUCAUUGCACUGCUUCGAAGAUUCGACUGCAACUUUGACCUCAAGGUCCUAAAUGCUCAGAAGGCUGGGUACGAGGCAGCUGUGGUACACAAUGUGAAUUCCAAUGAACUUCUGAACAUGGUGUGGAAUAAUGAGGAAAUCCAGCAGCAGAUCUGGAUCCCGUCUGUGUUUAUCGGGGAGAGGAGCUCUAAGUACCUGCGUGCCCUCUUCGUCUACCAGAAGGGGGCUCAGGUGCUUCUGAUCCCAGACAAUAGAUUUCUCUUGGGCUAUUGCCUCAUCCUUUUCACUGGGAUUUUGGGGUUGCUAAUCCUGGGCACGGGAGCAACGAUGACAGUUCGUUUUAUCCAGCUCCAGAAAGAGCUCCGGCAAAAUCGACUGACCCAAGAGCAACUGAACCUGAUUCCUACACAUGACUAUCGGAAGGGAGACCAGUAUGACGUCUGUGCCAUCUGCCUGGACGAAUAUGAGGAUGGGGACAAGCUGAGGGUCCUUCCCUGUGCGCACGCCUAUCACAGCCGCUGUGUGGACCCCUGGCUCACUCAAACCCGGAAGACCUGCCCUGUCUGCAAGCAGCCUGUUCAUCGGGAUCCUGGAGAGGCGGAGCAGGAGGAAGAAACUCAGGGACAAGAGGGUGAGGAGGAAGGGCAGCCAAGGGGCCACCCUGCCUCAGAACGGACCCCACUUCUGGGCUCCAGCACCGUACUUCCCAAAUCCUUUGGCUCCCUAGCCCCAGCCCCCUUUGUGUUUCUUGGGUCUUCAACAGAUGCCUCCCCUUCUCCAUCCUCUUCCUCUUCAGCUGCCAUCCAGAUCUAAUACUCCCCUUCUGCCCCAUCUUUGGCGACCUAUUUGCACAGCCCCUCUCCUCCCUCCUGUCUUAA